AGAUCAUACACUAUACUUUAUUACCAUACUUUGUCUCAAUGCAAUGCAUGUCCAGCAUUGUAACUGGUAAAAGAAAGAUUGCGUCAACUUUGUAACAGACUGCCAUGGCUAGAAGGGAUACCGCUUUUGUCAAAUUCAUGUUUUUUUUCUUUUGCAUUUCAGCAAACCCUUUUCCAAACCUUAUCCAAAUUCUCCUAACCUGCUAUGAAAAGUAAAUUCUCACGUUCAUUUCACAAAAGCUGUUUCUCUUCUAGCCCUGUAACUUUUUGGGUCUCAAUUUAAGGUUAGGCACAAAGUUAAUAGCAACUGUGGUUACGGUUGGGUUUAAAAUCAGAUAAAUGGGUGGGGUUUAGCCAUGAUUAUGACUUUGUGGCUGUAUUAACUAGCGACGACCCUGGAUCAACCUAGAGAAACAUCGAGAGGUGAAGCCUGCAUAGCAACUGUGAAGUACGAUUUUCAAUUGGCGCAUUAAUCGAAGUGGGUGCGGCUUUACUACAUAUCACGAAGAAUAUAUAUUUUGCUUUCUUCAGACACCGGCUGCAAAGUCUGUUUUGUUUGUCGCAGUUUUAUAUUUUUUCAGCCUUGGAAAGAAAUCAUGAAAACUGUUUUGUCCGUGAUCGCUUUCUGCGUCUUCCUGGGGUUCAUAAACGCAAAAGAAUCUCCCCCCAAGGUGCAGGUGUACAGCCGUAACCCAGGGCAACAUGGGAAGGACAACACCCUGAUCUGUCACGUGAGUGGCUUCCACCCCCCUGACAUCAGCAUCCAGCUCCUGAAGAACGGUGUGGAGAUCCCCGACGCCAAGCAGACAGACCUGGCCUUCGAACAGGGAUGGCAGUUCCACCUCACCAAGAGUGUUGGAUUCACACCAGCCAGCGGAGAGGAGUACACCUGCAGAGUCCGUCACCUGAAGAAUCUGAAGACCUACACCUGGGAGGCAGAUAUGUAAGGAUCUGGAACAGGACAUAAUGAACAGCGCAAACUGGUGCUAACCAGAAUAGAAAGAGGAGUGGGAGGCCCCGGUGAACAACUGAGCAAGAGGACAAGUACAUUAGAGUGUCUAGUUUGAGGUUCUUCAGGAAGCAUGGGGUGAAAUCUCUUCAAAUGACUUCAACAAACUGACAACUAUAAAAUGCCAAAGAUCUGCUAGGCUGUAAUUGCUGCAAAAAGCUAAGUUUGAAGGACACAAUUAUUAUUUCAAUUAAAAAUCAUUACCGGUAUUUAUAAAACCUUGUCAAUGUCUUGACUAUAUUUCCUAUUCAUUUUUAAACAAAUUUAAUGUAUGUUUUCAUGGAAAACAAGGACAUUUCGAAUUGACCCCAAACUUUUGAAUGUAUUUAUUGAAAAUUUGUUAAUUAGUUAAUUGGUUAAUUAGUUAAUUGGUUAAUUAGUUAAUUAGUUUAGUUUAACUGUAACUAGAUUAAAUCAUAACUAAAACUCCUACCUUUACCCAUCUUUCUGAACAGGGGGCCAUUCCAUCUGUGACCAGCCCUACACUAGAGCUGAGAUGACUGUAAUUUUCCCUGCUCAACAUGGGCUUUCAUUUUCAUUUUUGAUAACACUUUGUGCCAAGGUGCCAGUUUCAAGGGUUUCGAGUUUUAGAGAAUCAUUACUAAAUAGUUAAAUGAUUACAGAUGUGUGGGUGACCUCUUCUAGAAAAUCUGUCUGUACUUCUGGCUGAGAAUUCAAUGUGUGGGUGACCUCUUCUAGAAAAUCUGUCUGUACUUCUGGCUGAGAAUUCAAUGUGUGGGUGACCUCUUCUAGAAAAUCUGUCUGUACUUCUGGCUGAGAAUUCAAUGUGUGGGUGACCACUUCUAGAAAAUCUGUCUGUACUUCUGGCUGAGAAUUCAAUGUGUGGGUGACCACUUCUAGAAAAUCUGCCAGUACUUCUGGCUGAGAAUUCAAUGUGUGGGUGACCACUUCUAGAAAAUCUGUCUGUACUUCUGGCUGAGAAUUCAAUGUGUGGGUGACCUCUUCUAGAAAAUCUGUCUGUACUUCUGGCUGAGAAUUCAAUGUGUGGGUGACCACUUCUAGAAAAUCUGUCUGUACUUCUGGCUGAGAAUUCAAUGUGUGGGUGACCUCUUCUAGAAAAUCUGCCAGUACUUCUGGCUGAGAAUUCAAUGUGUGGGUGACCACUUCUAGAAAAUCUGUCUGUACUUCUGGCUGAGAAUUCAAUGUGUGGGUGACCUCUUCUAGAAAAUCUGCCAGUACUUCUAGCUGAGAAUCCAAUGUGUGGGUGACCUCUUCUAGAAAAUCUGCCAGUACUUCUAGCUGAGAAUCCAAUGUGUGGGUGACCUCUUCUAGAAAAUCUGCCAGUACUUCUAGCUGAGAAUCCAAUGUGUGGGUGACCUCUUCUAGAAAAUCUGCCAGUACUUCUAGCUGAGAAUCCAAUGUGUGGGUGACCUCUUCUAGAAAAUCUGCCAGUACUUCUAGCUGAGAAUCCAAUGUGUGGGUGACCACUUCUAGAAAAUCUGCCAGUACUUCUAGCUGAGAAUCCAAUGUGUGGGUGACCUCUUCUAGAAAAUCUGCCAGUACUUCUGGCUGAGAAUUCAAUGUGUGGGUGACCACUUCUAGAAAAUCUGUCUGUAUUUCUGGCUGAGAAUUCAAUGUGUGGCUGACCUCUUCUAGAAAAUCUGCCAGUACUUCUAGCUGAGAAUCCAAUGUGUGGGUGACCUCUUCUAGAAAAUCUGCCAGUACUUCUAGCUGAGAAUCCAAUGUGUGGGUGACCUCUUCUAGAAAAUCUGCCAGUACUUCUAGCUGAGAAUCCAAUGUGUGGGUGACCUCUUCUAGAAAAUCUGCCAGUACUUCUAGCUGAGAAUCCAAUGUGUGGGUGACCUCUUCUAGAAAAUCUGCCAGUACUUCUAGCUGAGAAUCCAAUGUGUGGGUGACCACUUCUAGAAAAUCCGCCGGUAUUUCUAGCUGAGAAUUCAAUGUGUGGGUGACCUCUUCUAGAAAAUCUGCCAGUACUUCUAGCUGAGAAUCCAAUGUGUGGCUGACCUCUUCUAGAAAAUCCGCUGGUAUUUCUGGCUGAGCAUCACAUUCUCUUCUUUAAAAACACUAAUUAAUGAUAAAGUAUAUUCAUUAUAUUUUAGAUGUGUGGGGACUCCUUUAAUAUCCUUGAAGUUGGUACCAUUAAGUUGUGAGCACUACUUUUUUAAACAUAAUUUUAAACACCUAUGUUGAUGUGGUUUUAGUUACAAGCACAAAUCGUCAACAAUGUAAAAUUUGAUUAAAAAUAUAUUUAAAAGCCCAAAUAAUUUGCAGAACAUCCAUUGUUGUAUUUGCUUGUAAACUAGACAUGUCCUUUUUGCUUUGGAGUCAUUUUUUUCAUCGACACCAUGAAAUCAAAUCUUAUAUCCUUCAAUGUUUCUGUAAAUUACCAGUUAUCAACAGUCUAAUAAAAUAGUCGUUUUUUAUUUAU